AUGGCUGAGAAUAUAGCCAGCCUCGAAGAUGACCCGGCAUGCAUAGUGGGGAUGGCCUGCCGGUUACCGGGUGGAAUAGGCUCACCUUCUGAACUAUGGGACUUCUUGAUGCGAAAGGGGUGCUCUCAAGGUCCAAUUCCGGCCCAGCGGUUCAACAAGGACGGCUUCUACCACCAGGAUGGAAGCAGCACGUACCCGGGACUCAUGAGCGUGGACGGGGGCUACUUCUUAGAUGAAGACUUACGAGCUUUCGACAAUGCGUUUUUCGGUAUUCACAACCUCGAAGCCGCCUCCAUGGAUCCGCAACAGCGGAAACUGCUUGAAGUCGUGUACGAGUGUCUGGACCAUGCCGGGACUUCCAUGGAAAAGGUCUCGGGGACGGAUACCGGUGUUUUCGUCGGGAACUUUACCCUCGAUUACCAGAUGAUGAAGUUUCGCGACAUAGACGCCAUAAACCGCUUCACUGUUACGGGCUGCGGAAGUACCAUCUUGGCGAACCGCAUUAGCCACGUGUUCAAUCUUAAAGGCCCAAGCUUUACCGUGGAUACAGCUUGCUCCUCGUCUCUGUAUGCCUUGCAUAGUGCCGUUGCAGCGUUGGCGGGUGGUGACUGUGACGCCGCGGUCGUAGCGGCUGCCAACCUCUUCCUAUCACCCGAACAGUAUAUGGGUAUAGCCAAGGCCGGCGUGCUGUCCCCAACAUCCACCUGUCACACUUUCGACAUAGCUGCCGACGGUUAUGGGCGGGGUGAGGCGGUAAACGCCCUCUAUAUCAAGCGCCUUUCGAGUGCUCUGAAAGAUGGAGACAAGGUCUGGGCUGUCAUCCGUAGUACGGCAGUUAAUGCGAACGGAACAACAACUGGCAUCACUCAGCCAAGCGCCAACUGCCAGGAAGCUGUGGUCCGGAAAGCGUACACGAAAGCCGGCCUUGAUUUUGCCGACAGUGACUACAUAGAAUGUCAUGGAACUGGUACCCCCGUCGGCGAUCCGAUCGAGGUCGAAGCCCUGGGUCGCUGUUUUGGGAAGUCGAAGAGAACCAAGCCCUUGCUUCUCGGUUCUUCGAAGCCCGGACUUGGUCACAGUGAAGCAGCUAGUGGCAUAACAGCCUUGAUCAAGGUCGCUUUGGCGUUUGAUCAAGCCAAGAUACCCCCGACAUACGGCGUGGAGAACCUGAACCCUAAACUCAAACUAGACAGCUUAAACAUGAAAAUUGCUACCGAGGCCGAAGACUGGCCCCGGGAGCUCCGGAGAGCGAGCAUCAAUGCUUUUGGUUAUGGAGGCAGUAAUUCUCACGUCUUGCUUGAGUCGCCUGAUAGCUAUCUGGCGAAAAAGAUCCCUCAGACCAACGGGGUAACCGCUGAUAUCGAGCGCAGCCGGCUUCUUGUACUACCUAUAUCAGCCGGGUCGCCGCCUUCGCUUGAUACGAGAAUCAAUCAAGUUCGACGACUAGUCGAGUCCGGGAACGAUCGCUCUCUUUUCAGCCUGGUACAUACCCUGGCCGAACGAACUUCCCAUCUCACGGCAAGGCACGUCUUGUUUGCCAAAUUUGGUGGGCCAGAUGCUCAGCCUGAGUUGCUGGAUCAUGCCAUGAGCUCCGACAGCGUGCAGACCGGGGAUGCCGGCUUACCCCUGGCCUUCGUGUUCACAGGCCAGGGUGCCCAGUACGCGGCCAUGGGCAAAGAACUUCUUCUCCUGAACGGAUCCUUUCGCGCGUCGAUAUGUGGUCUUGAUCAGAGUUUGAAGGCUCUACUGCCCCCAAAAUACGCGCUCAAAUGGACAUUGGAAGACUCAAUUCUCGAUCCACCAGAAGUCAGUCACAUCCAUGAGGCUUCGCGUAGCCAGCCCGUCUGUACAGCCAUUCAAAUUGCACUUGUCGACAUCCUUCGCAGCUGGAAUGUCACUCCCAGUUCCGUGGUCGGCCACUCAUCUGGCGAAAUCGCUGCCGCGUAUGCCGCAGGCCUCUUGAGUGCCUCGCAGGCCAUCAUCACAGCCUAUCUGCGCGGGUACGCAGUCGAACGGCUGACGGUGAAGGGCGCCAUGUUGGCAGCCGGAAUCGGCCUAAGUACAGCCAACAACAUGAUUUCAGAGGCAAACCUCGAGCAGGAGGUGUCUGUUGCUUGUAUAAACUCGCCAGCAAGCGUGACUCUGAGUGGUACGGUGGAUGGGAUCACACGUCUGAUGGGCGACUUGCAACGACAGGGUAAAUUUGCCCGAAUGCUCCGGACAGGCGACCGGGCGUAUCACUCUUUCAUGAUGACUGAAGUUGGCGAGUUGUACCAGUCGUCGCUGGCCCCAUACUUCAAUAGCAACACCGAGUGUGAUGUUGAUACCCACACAGAGAGGCCAGCAGCUGUGAUGUACUCCUCAGUCAUGACGAAUGACAACACGCAUGCCAUGAUCCUCGACCGGAAUUCCGUCUCAGCCGAAUACUGGCGACACAAUCUCGAACAGCCCGUGCAGUUUUCCAACGCACUGAGUACGCUCUUGCGCAGUCACAAGAAAGUGCACCUGAUGGAGGUAGGACCGAAUCCGGCACUCAAGGGACCUAUACAGGACAUCCGUUCCAGUAUGAAGCUUGAUCAGACCUCGGUGCCUUACUCCUGCACCCUUGUGAGGAAUCAAGAUGCCGACUACUGCAUGAAGCAGCUGGCCGGCGUUCUCUUUCUGAGCAAAAAAGACUUACCCUGGCAAAAGGUGAACCAAUGUAUCACACCAACGUUUGCCAGUGGCCUCCCACCAUACCCGUGGGACUACUCCGCUGGUCUCAUGUGGGAAGAGCCUCGCAGCAGCAUUGAGCUGCGCCACCGGCAAUAUCCCCGACAUGAACUACUUGGAUCACAACGCGCGGAGAAGCAGGGCAUCAACUGGGCGUGGAAGAACGUGCUCACCACCACCGAGAUCCCUUGGUUGCGCGACCACAAGCUGGAGAGCCAGAUUGUGUUCCCAGCCUCGGCCUACAUCGCCAUGGCGGUCGAAGCUCUUUCUCAAGCCCGGAACGUGUCUUCUGACACGACACCUGCAUUUGAAUUUCGCCACGUCGAUAUCAGUGCGGCCCUGGUGGUUCCUGAUGACGAGACCAGAAGUGGCGUGGAAGUCCACACCGUUUUGUCAGCUCGGGAGCUUACCCGAACAAGCCGAUCGAAGGACUGGUUCGAGUUCCAUAUUUCGUCGUUGGUGUCCGGUGCUACUACAGUGCAUUGCUCUGGCAGCAUCCGGCUCGUGGAGAACGCGGACGGCAUGACGCUUCCCGAGGGAGUCUCGUUGCCCUCCACCGACGGCCUCGAGGAAUGCUCGGACACGGGUAUCUUCUAUGACAAGUUCGCAAGCCAAGGGCUGCAUUUCGGACCUACGUUCCAGUCGGUGAAUACACUGCACGUGGACAGUGGCCGUGUGCGAGAGGAAGCUAUCGGCAGCGUGAACGUCGUGCCGGCUAUUUCGAAAGAGCCUGGAAGCAUACGAUACGCCAUCCACCCAAUCACAUUAGACUCUUGCAUCCAAAUCGCCAUCAUGGGUUCAGCAGCAGGAGAUGUGAGCGAGACCAAUGUCUUCCUGCCUGUCUUCAUCGACGAAUGCCGCGUUGUCGCGGCGGGGCCCGAGGACCAUGACGCUGUAGGCGUAGUCCAAUCUACCUCGGCUAAAACCAGCGUCUCUACGCGGAGGAUGGCUUCCACUUUCUGGAAGAAGGGUCACACUGCGACACCAUUGAUCUAUCUCAAAGGCGUUCGUCUGACACAGUAUAAGGCUGCAAUGGCCACAGACAGCCACUCCCUCCGCCAGCCCAGUCUUCGGGUUCAUUGGAUGCCCGAUGUCAGCCACCUACAUACGAACAUGGCGAAACAGCUGGAUCGCUAUGUUUCCACCUUGGUCGCUAAAUUCCGAGACACAGGCGUGGACUUCGGUGACGAUGUAAGCUUGGCUGCUAUGAGUGCUCUUGCCGACCUGGCAGGACAUGGGAAUCCUAGCAUGCGAGUCCUGGAACUCGGCAACGACAAUCUGUUCAGCACAGAUAAGGUUCUAGAGCUCCUUGAUGAUGGCCCUGGAUAUCGACGAUGUUCAUCCUGGCAGCUCGGCAGGCUGGACGACUCGGGGGUUAUUCAAAGACAGUGCGAUGGUACCAGCGACAACGGGGCCCUUGAGGGUUCCUUCGAACUCCUUUUCGUUCAGGAAUCGGCAAACACUUUGGAUUCAGUGGGAAACCUCGACUCUCUACUUUCUGAUAAGGGUUUUCUGGUUACUCGGAGCACUCCGAUGGCUCUCAAGGCGCUCCGUGAGAACAACUUUACCGUGAACGUGCUUGAUAGUAGCAAAGUGAUUCUAGCAACGCGACUUCCAGCCGAGGGGAAGGAUGCAGUACGAUGCAGCCAAUUCGUGAUUGUGACCCCCAACGUCUCGUCCACAGCGGCAGAUUUCGCUGCAGCUUUGCAAGAGCAUCUCCUGCAUGAAGGUGCGGUCAGCGUUCAAACUGUCAAGCUCGAUCAAGUCAACGAUGCACGGCUCGACAAGCGCACAAUCUGUAUAUCUCUUCUCGAGCUGGAGCAUGAGUUCUUAGCUACCUUAAAUCAGGUCGACAUGGAUCAUUUGCGUGCCUUGACCAACACGGUCACGACUAUCAUCUGGCUCUCGGGCGCAGAUGCUUUAGGUGGCAGCCCAAAUCCUGACCUCACUCUGAGCAAUGGGUUCUCCCGAGCCCUGAUGCUGGAACACCCGUCGCUCAAUUUCGUCGUCAUAGACGUCGGACUUCCUGAGAGCCGCUCCAACGACGUGACGAUCCAAAACGUUGUGCAGGUGCUGGGGUCCUGUGAACCGGAUGCUAGCAGCAACACAGAGCAAGACAAAGAGUUCGUCCAGAAAGACGGCCUUCUCUUCGUCAGCCGUUUCCGUCCCGACUUCGAGGCGAAUUCGCUCUUCCGCCGUCGUGUUGAGAAGAUCGACGCCAUCACCGAGGUCGAACUAUCUGCAGCUCACCCGGCCAGGCUCACCACCAGUACAUUCAACGGAAGCGAGACUCUCCACUUCGAAGAGGUCAGAGAGCCAGUAUCAGCCACGCCGGAUGGGUUUGUCGACAUUCUCGUCAAGGCGAUCAGUCUCAACGCCAAGGACGUCUACGGACUGAGGGGCAAAGUAGAAACACCCGGUGCGACGACCGCGACCGAGUUCAGCGGUGUGGUGACAGCUACUGGACGCGACAUCACGCAUCUGAAGCCUGGGGACUCUGUUGCUGUUGGCAUGGCAUGUCAUUUCGCGACUUCGCAGCGCGCGCCCGUAUGGGCUGUCCAGAAGAUGAUGCCAGGGGAGCAACACACGGUCAUGUCCACACUGCCUACGAUAUACGCAACAGCGCUGUAUGCGCUUGUCCACCGGGCUCGACUGUGCGCUGGCGAGUCUGUUCUCAUCCACGGAGGCUCGGGUGCCUUCGGAUUCGCCGCCAUCACGGUCGCGAAGCGCAUCCUCGGCACGUCGACCAACAUCUACACAACAGCCGGCACGCAGGACAAGAGAGACUUCGUCGCGGACAAACUGGGCAUCCCACCGGCCAACAUCUUCCGUUCGCGCGACGAUUCUUUCGCCAGGAACGUCAAAUCUGCCACCAACGGUCGUGGUGUGGAUGUCAUCAUCAACUUCCUGACGGGCGACCUCCUCCAGGCUACCUGGGACUGCGUAGCGCCAUUUGGACGCUUCAUUGAGAUCGGAAAGCGCGAUCUCGCCGACGCUGGUCGGCUUGACAUGCACGUGUUUCUCCGAAACGCUACCUUCACGGCGUUUGAUCUCGGUGAUCUGUACCACCUGAAAGUCGAGCAUGGUAGUGACGUCUAUCCAAGCUUGAUGACCGAAGUGUUCAAUAUGUACCGGUCGAAGCAGAUUGAACCGCCUCCGAUAACGACGUUUGCCGCUUCCGACAUCGCAGAAGCACACCGUUACUUCCUGUCUGCAGAUCGCGUCGGCAAGAUUGUCAUCUCACUCGAGCAGGAAGACUGCAAGAUCCCGGUGACGCCCUCCCGAUAUUCAACACUGUUCGACGGUGACAAGGUCUACCUGCUCAUAGGUUGCCUCGGUGGGCUAGGCCGUAGCCUAGGUCGUUGGAUGGUAGCCCGGGGAGCCCGUCAUCUUGUAUUUCUGGGGAGGUCUGGCUCUGACAAAGCAAGCGCUAAAGCUCUUGUCGCUCGUCUUGAACAGUCGGGAGCCAGUGUGAAGGUAGUUCGUGGCAACGUCACCAGCCGUGACGACGUGGACGCGGUCGUCAGUACCUGUGUUGAGACCGGGAAGACCUUGGGAGGUGUGGUGCAGGCAGCCAUGGGUCUUCACGAAGCUCUGUUUGCUCAGAUGACGAGCGAGCAAUGGCAGACCGCCAUCCAGCCCAAAUGGAGAGGCACCUGGAACCUGCACGAGGCACUCGAGGGCCACAACCUGGAUUUCUUCCUGCUAACCUCGUCGAUAUCGGGAAGUGUCGGAACGGCAACCGAAAGCAACUACUGCGCCGCCAACAGCUUCCUGGACGGAUUCGCCCGCUGGCGUUCCCUUCAGGGCAAACCGACUAUCUCCGUCGGCCUGGGCAUGAUCUCGGAAGUGGGCUACCUCCACGAGAACCCCGACAUCGAGGCGCUGCUGCUUCGCAAGGGCAUCCAGCCCCUAACGGAGUCGGAGUUCCUCCAGAUCAUCGACCUCGCGCUGUCUGAGACGACUGCCAAACAGUCGAUGGAGCUGUCACGAUAUAUAGACGAUUACGGGUCGUCGCACAUCCUCACCGGCCUGGAGCCCCUGCGGUUCCGCGAGCUCAUCAGCAAGGGAUACGACGUGAGCCUGAGCAACACGCAGGACCCCCGCUUAGCCGUCCUGGCCGCCGCCCUGGCAGCCGAGCGGUUGGCCAGCGAUAAGGAUGGGUCGCGCGGUGUCAACGGCGAAAAUGCAGACGUCCUCGCCAGCGCGGCGGAGUGGUUCAAGGGCGUGCCGGCGCACGCGCGGGCGCACCUGACGCCCGAGGCCGACGCGGACUCGCUGCAGCUCGCCAUGCUGAAGCUCGUCCGCAAGCGCUUCUCGAGCCUGAUCAUCACGCCCGUCAACCAGAUCGACGAUUCGAAACCGCUGGCGCGGUUCGGCGUCGACAGCAUGAUCGCGUCCGAGUUCAGGAUCUGGUUCUGGACGGCGUUUAGGGUGGAUGUGCCGUUCUUGGAUAUGCUUAGUUCGGAGAAGAACCUUGGGACUCUGGCGGAGUUUGCUGCGGAGAGGUUGCUUGAGGGUUGA